AUGGCUUUUAUCUCACGCUUCCCCACUGGCGAGGUCGCUUCGAUCUUUCGCCUGUUGGAUGAUUUCGAUGCCUACCGUUCAGACAAUACCAAAAGAUGUCAAAGACAACAAAAGUCACGUCUCCGCUCUUUUUCUCCCAGUUUCGACGUGAGAGAGACGGAAAACAGCUUCUUCUUGGAUGGAGAGUUACCCGGCCUGGACCAGAGAGACGUCGAGAUCGAGUUCUCCGACCCGUAUACCUUGGUGAUCAAAGGCCAUGUCGAGCGAAAUUACAGCACUACGAGCAACGAAGCUGUAGAAAAUGAAGGCCCCUCCUCGUCUAAAUCACAUCAAGCUACCGUUGAAGAAGACAACGAUGACGAUGAAUAUGACUAUGCUUCCGUUGAGGCAACCGAAUCCAAAGUGCCCGAGACCAAACCCGAACCAUCAUACAAGUACUUGGUCGCCGAACGCUCGAUGGGCGACUUCAACCGCACGUUCACCUUCUCAACGAGAGUCGAUCAAGAUGCUGUCAGAGCUAGCCUCAGGAACGGCAUCUUGUCGGUGACAGUGCCGAAGGCAAACACCCCGAAAACGAAGAAGAUCAGAGUUGAAUAG